AUGGCUUCGCAGAAGCAACAGGUCAUGGAGGCCAUACUGGACUCAAAUCGUCAAAAGGGUCAAUGGGAAUCGCUUAGAGAUAAUGUCACUAAAUUUCACAAGAAACUGGUAGCUCAUGCUGCUGCCAUGGCUUCAUCUAGCUCCAUCCCUUCUUCCUCGUCAUCGUUGGCAGCUGGAGCUUCCAGUACUACAUCUGCACUUGAGCAGCUGCUUCUUGGUGAAGCUACUCUUCAGCUCAUCAUUGCAAAAGCAUCUAGUCAAGAGCAGAUUCCUUAUGAUCGCGGGCCCGAUUUUAUCUACAUUCCAAGUGUACAACUCGAUUCGCUCACACUUGCCGAUACGAUAAAAUAUCUGGAAAAGACUGUCUUGCUUUGCCAAAAUCAAGCAUCUAUCCAAGAUUUGCAAGCAAUUUGGGCAAAUCAAGCACGAGUAUUGCUAGGUCAAAUCUAUUUUAAUCUUGGAAAAAUGCACGAGGCUAUACAAUACUAUAAGAUGGCAGAAUUCCCUAAUCCUUUGCCUUCUUCCGCUGGAAGCUAUGCUCGCACAAUGGUUGUUAAAAAAUGGACUUUGAUGGGAUGGACCUAUCUGCGAUUGGAUAAGCAUGAUUUGGCUUUGGAGGCAUUCAAGAAUGGUGGCGAUUUUAUUUCUUUAUUUUUGCCUCAAAACGAAAUUGAAAAGCCUCAAGAGCAAGAACCUGAUCAAUGGACAAUAUGGGCUGAAAAACUCUUGUUUUCCAUGUCCAUGGGUUUAGUCCGCACAAAUGAUGCAGAGGGUGCUCGAAAUGCCAUUCGGCUCUAUCUUCAAGUCGUGGCAUCUACUCCGCCUAGUUUCGUAUCUACCAAGAAAAUUGCAAUGUUUCGUCAGCAUCUAUUGUAUCUUUUUGAGUUACUCCCUCCUUCAGACCCCUUUUCUGGCAUUCCUAACCCUGACAUUGGUUUAAACUCGUCAGUCGGUAUGCAUGAGCAAUUUAUCGUAAUAUACAAUCAGAUAAAAACGUAUCUUGUCCAGUACGAAAAAAUGGUGACUACUCUUUACAACUUUCCAAGAGGCGAAGACUUUACCCCGCUACUAAAGGAGCGAUAUGGGCGUGUUUUGGAAGUAUACGAAAUGUGGGUCAAGGCCGAGAUUGCCUACAUUUGCCAAUCUACCGAAGCAAUACCCGUACUGAUGGAUAGAUAUUACAGCUUAAUCGAGACAUUAUAUAGAGCCACUAAACAUACGUUUCAUUCACUUAAAAUUAUCCGAUAUAUUUCACAUACCUUUUUGUUUAUUCUUACUAUGCAUGGAGACGCUGUCUGUCGUGAUGAACGAAAGGAAGCACAGUAUGUCGUGUCUACGUAUCUUUUUUACUGGGAGAAAAAGAGUUCGCUGAUUUUGGAAAUCGAGAGAAAACGAAUGGGAGAUCAGGCAAUGCAUAUGCCAGCAACUGUUUCCAACAAUCCAGAAAGUAUUUCACAAAGAUUGUAUGGAAUCUCUCUUACCGAGGAUGUCAAAUCGGUAGACAGUCAGUGCUUGACCUUUUCAUCCUCGUCAUCCACUAAAUCAUCUCUAGUGAUGACGGACCCAAACGGUACAUUGCUACCUGUAAAAUCAUCUUUAAAAGCUACAUCUAAUGAAAUGCAUUUAGCUUUGGAAUCUGUUGUAAACCAUGUAGAUUCUCAAGCUAGCAGGAUUUCAGACUCAAGUUCGACAUCUCAUAUUCAGCUUCUCGAUGUUGAUGGAGAUUCUCCACUUGAUGCUAUUGGUGUAUUGAUUACAGGAAUGCAGAUGCUGCUUAUUACACACGAAGGAGAUUCUGAACCACAGUUGGAACAAGCUGCAAUUUAUGGCGAAAAGGCAUACAACAUUGCUAUUAAAUACGCUGUGAAUUUACCUGAAUACCCUUUUGUGUUGAAAAGUAUAUAUCAAUGGCUUGGCGUUGUAUAUGGAGAACAGUCUCUUGAAACUUCUGAUCAUACGGAGCGACACAGUUUGCAAAGCGAGGCAAAGGCCAUGUUGGAAAAGGCAGUCGCGAUUUGCAAUACAGACUAUAUACUCUAUUAUCAACUUGCACUUCAACUUGCAGAAAUGGGUGAAUCUGCCGAUGCUGUAGAUGCAAUCAACCAAUCAAUUGGACUCAAGUCUGACUUCCCCAAUGCAUACAACUUACUUUCACUCAUUCUCAAUGCAAAAUCUCAAAACAGCCGCGCGCUUCAAGUUAUCCAGGAGGGUUGGAGAGUUUGCGUUAUUAAAUACGGUAAACUUCAGCUCAUCAAUGCAGCAAAUGUUGCUGAUACAAAUAUUGAAUCAUCCAUAACAUGGGACCUUAUUCCGGUAAAUAUCAAGGAGGAUAUGAUCAAUCUUAAAUUUACACAAGUCGCUUUGGAAAAUGCAUUGUAUGGCCCUCGUGUUUCCAUUGAAACUCUUCAUGGUUUAUUCAAUCUACUUCGCCGUGCCAUUGGAAUUCCUUUUGGAGCAGACAAAAGUGAAGGCCUGGCUGAUGGAACCCGUCUAAAUGGCGACUCGAUCAAUAUUUCAGAAAUACGGUCACUUUCACAUUCCAAUAGUUCACAAUCUAUAACUUCUCAAAUGGACACGCCUACUCGAAAAAUUCAUAACCAUAUGGGAUCAAACAUUAUGUCAUCUUCCACAUCUGGAUUUAGUAUCCCUUUAUAUCGACUUCGCACAUACGAAAUGUUGAUUUCUUUAUGGAUUACUACUUCUGCGGUAUACAGAGAGCUGAACCAUUUUGAAGGUGCGCGUCAGGCAGUGGAAGAAGCCGAGCAGCUUGUAGAGCAGCUUGCAAAACUGGAGCAAUCGAUUGGAAAUGGAACCAGUCGAAUUUUACGCGACCAAACAGCUGUUGGGCUAAUGGGGAGUCAUUCAUCUGUAAAUAGCGUACAAACAACUCAUACGGGAAAAAUGCGACUUUUGAAACCAUCCAAGUCUCGUCGUGCACCUUCGCUGGAUAGCCGACCCAUUACAAAAAAAUGGGGAUUUGCCAGUCGCUGUGUUCGUCGUAUUCUUGCUGAUGUUUCCUUUGAAAAUAAACUCCCAGUGCCUAGCAAAUACUCCAAGUAUCUCUCACCAGUUGCUGCAGUUGAGGCAGAGCGUAAAUCACAGCUUCGAAAAGAUGCACGCAUGCCCAAUUCACAAUCCAAUGCCUCCAUCUCAUCAUCCAUUACAAACUCGACCAUUAACCAAACUACGGACAGAACUAUAUCGGACGAAAGUGUUGACAGUCUUUUUGAACUUGAAAUGACAAUUCAAGAGGGGAUAUUCAAUGUCAAGUCAGGGCUAACAGAGGAAAUGAAUCCAGUAGCCAAUGCACGAGUUAGUUUUAUUCGAGGCGAUGCAGCAUCUACUAUGGGUCCUAUGUUGAGUUCAAACAAACUCCAAGCCAACCAAAUUCCCAUUGAGCCCCGAUUGAGCCUAGACCAAAUCAUUAAAUCACUGCAUUACAUCACCAUGAUAGAUCCCGAUCAUUUACCUACACGAGUGCAUCUUGGAAUCCUGUACUUGGAAAAGGGAGAGACUGCCCAGGCUGAACAUUGGUUGCUCAAAGCGUGCUAUCAAGCGAAAUCCCGUGGUGCUGGAGGGGGUCGAACGGGGGUUACAACCGUAUAUGGUGGUGCGACUGCAAUAUGGGGAUGGUUAGCAUGGCACACACUUAGUAAAGUGAUGCGGUUUGUUGAUCGCAGCAACGACGCAAAACACCUUCUUUUUUUUGCAAUGGAUCUAGAAAAAGUGCAAUGUGUGCGUGGUUACGAAUGUUUGGCUCGGUUUUCCACCAGUAUUUAG